AACAAUCGAGUGGAAAGUGUUAAGUGUUUUCAUUGUUCGUUAUUUUGCAUAGUUAUCGCAAAUAUGGCCGACUACGAUUGGACCGAUCAUCAUCGGCAGCAAGUUCUACAGGGUCGCCAAAUACUGGAGCGAACCUCGGCCAGCCUUGCACGCUCCAAUCAAAUAGCCAUCGAAACGGAACAUACGGGGCAUGAGGUAAUAUCAGAACUGGAAGUGCAACGCGAGUCUCUAUUGCGCAGUCAGCGUCGUCUGGAAAACGCGAAUGAAAAUCUCAGCAAAUCGGGUGUUAUCCUUCGGGCGAUGCAACGUAAUGUGCUGUACAACAAGCUCAUUCUGGUCAUGAUCAUCUUGAUGGAAAUAGUGAUCCUCAGUGGAAUGAUAUAUUUAAAGUUUAUACAUUGAACAUCGUUUUCCGCAUGCCAAAGCGAAGCAAGUCCGUAUGCCAUGAUGGUGAGGAAAGUGGCGUUCUAUAAAGAUCGCGAAGGUCCUGGUGAUAUCAGAUAAAGGCAGGAUACAGUUGCAAUUCGCAAUUACAUUUCCUCCGGUUUUAUUAAAUCCUAUUUACAAUAUGAAUGAUGAAUAAGAAGAAACAAUAUAUGGUUUCAAAAUAAAAAGCAAUCUUUUUACCAC